AUGGCUACGUACAUGCAGUUUGGUGCGUUGAACAGCUGCGCGCCUAUCAACUGGCCCGCGACACACAAGCCGCAACAGCCGAGCGGAACCGCGCACGAAGGGGUCGUAACAAUGCUUCCAAGUCACGCCCUAGACUACGCGGGCCGGGUGCGGCAAGGUUUCGCCAGCGGACUUGUCGCCCUACACUACAGUAAUCCCCUGUGGCCUUGCGGUUAACACAGCCCGACUUCUUGGGAGAUGCGCCCCGCAGCCUGCGAUGCAUCGCUCAUCAUCAUCGCCGUACUUGCGAUCGCACUCGUGGUGGGCGCGUUUACUUACCUGACAAGCGACCAAGCGGUUUCUGCAUUCUACUGCACCCCAAAUUCACCAGCUCUUGCAAAACGGGCAAGUGCUGUGCGCCCAAGAUGUAUAACCUGUUGUGCACUUUUUCAAUUUGCUACGACAGGCUCCUUGCGUGACAUAAACUAAGCACAGCGUGCGCGGAGCUGCUACCCUAGGAGAACACAACACCGGAGAUUACCAAAAGGCGCCAAGAUCAAAGUGAGGUUGCCCAGUGUUAAAAUCAUGUUGAUCUCAGUGAUAUUUUCGGUCAAGCGACAAAUUCCAUUCAGAUGGAUACCCUUAUUCUUCUGCCUUUGAACUUUGAGAACCGAUACCUAUUGCACUCAUCGAUUAUAUACUGCGAUGUGCAGUGCUGGCCAUGGUGUAAAAUGGACGCGAAUCACACACGACUAAACUCGAAGAUAAGAAAGACUUGCACUUGUUCGUCCCUUACAAACUCCCUUCUUCCAGUCAUGGAACGAAGCAACGGGCAAAUCUCGCUGCUAAAGGGGCGAUGGAUCAAUCGCGAAUUGAGGAAUACACAGUAUGCUAAUGAAGAUGCGUAAAUGCCAACAGAAAAAUGUGAGGCGCCGUCCCGCCUUUUAAAGUUUCUUAGAAUGACAUUAGAGACAUGUUGAGGAUGUCUCAGUACAAAUGGAUUCAUAUACUUGGAUGGGGAGCACAGCAGGGAGAGGACCCGGCGGAAGCGAGGCCUAUCUAAGACACCUGUCCAUAUUUGUAAAAAGGAAACCAAUCCCUU